GACUGCUGCUUCAAACUGUUCGAAAUGCGGACACGGAUGAAUCCUAUUUGUUUCUUCUGUUGCUUGCUUGUUACCAUUAUCGGAAUAACGAUUACCUGUGCCGAGCCGGAACCCAUGACUAGAUUAACUAGACCACCGCAGAUCACUAACUCAAACGUUCAACUACAGCGAUACGCCGAUUCGAUUAAAAAUUUUUAUCACAUGUAUGGAAAAUCGAGGCAUGGCAAACGAAGUGAUGCUGUGCCAUUGAUGGAGCUGAAUGCCACUUGGGAGACCCUGAAGAUGAUUCAAGAUGCGCAACGGCAAAACGAACAACGAAGGCAAGAGAACAUCAGACAGAACAAAGAGCAAAUCCUGCUCCGCGACUUUCCGAACUCCGACGCCGACGAGUAUACAUUAUAUGAUAUUAUACGAUCCGGCUUUCUUUCGGAUGUAAUUGACAAAUAUUAUAACGAUGUAUAA